AUGACCGUAUUCUCCCGCGACCGCUCAACCUUGGACAUGGUGCUGGCAGUUUUUUGCGUUUUCAUUGCUUUGCAGAUCUUAUCACUCACGUAUGCCUUUCUGGACUCUGUAGGAAAAGAUCAAGAAGCUUGUCGACAUCUGGGAGUGCUGCUGCUCCUUCCCGCCCUCUAUGCUCAACUCAUUCCGCGAGAAACUGAACGCUCCACUAACGUUCAGUCCAAAGGCUCACCGCGCAGCUUCAAGCCUGCCAAUAGCUCGCCCGCGGCAACAGAUACCAUCGGCGAACUCAAGCCGCUGGCCGAUAUAGCUAAACAGAGCGCGGUGACGUCUGCUUCUCCCACCAACCCGCUCGCUACCCUAACCCCAUCAGCCGCGGCUCUGCAUCUCGCCUCAUCUGUCGAUUCAUCUCUCCUGCCACCCUCGACGGCUAACCCAUACACAGGUGCUGGUGCUAGUGCUGGCGCCAUAGUCAAACCAUCUGCCGCUUUUGGUGGUGUUGGCGAGAACCUUGCCAUGCCGCAACCCCGGGGCCAUAGCCAGACCCCGAGCCCAUUGGGAGCAAUGCUUCCGCAGUGGCCAGCCGCCGCUCCGGCGAUAGAUAGAAACGCGAUGUCCCGGCAGCUUCCCCUGCUGCAAUUACUGUCGCAGCAGGGCAUCUCGCAGGACCACCCCGCUCAGCUUCCUGGAUUUAGCGCGAUACCCUGCCAGGGCUCUGGUAGCCUGGGCCACCCGGAUGUGCAGAACCGUGUCGAUCGUGCUCGCAGGAGGGAUCGUGACCACUCUAGCUCUCCUCCCGCUGGGUACGGCCGUCCUUCUCACCUGCCCGGUUGGGACCGACGUCACUCUGCCUCGCCGCCUCGCCGCCACGAUAGGCCAGUGCACGACCAGUAUUACAGUGAUUCCACUAGGCGCCAGGGCGAUACUCGCGAUGCUGGAAGUCGUCAGAGUAACGAAUACCGUAAACGUAGCCCUCCACACUGGAAGCUCCUGUCUCAGUCCCCGCUGCGGACAGACCAUAAUCUCCCCUCGCCUGGCUCCAAGCUCGUCGAGUGGGACUAUUCCAUCGGCCCGGGUAACAUCAAGGUUCUGAGCCGCACCCUCUUCGUCAGUGGCAUCUCCUCUAAGGCUCACCUCCGUUCCCUUUUCAACAAAUUCGGCGUCGUUCAGACCUGUAUUGUCAACACUCAGAAGCGUCAUGCGUUCGUUAAGAUGAUUAGCCGCCAGGAUGCGGUGAGAGCUCGCGAAGGAAGAGAAUCAUUCCGUUCAGGCGAGAUGAAACUCUGCACCCGGUGGGGCGUUGGUUUCGGCCCGCGUGACUGCAGCGACUAUCAGACUGGCAUCAGCGUCAUUCCGAUCGAGCGACUUACCAAUGUGGAUCGCAAAUGGCUCCUCACGGCGAAGUACGGUGGCAGCGGAGGUCGUCCCAUUCAGUCGGGAAUGGUUGUCGAGGAACCAGACAUCGAAAUUGGUGCUGGCUCCUCAUCCAAGGCGAUCAGUCGACGCAUUGCGGCUAGCACUGGCGGCAAGCGUGGCCGGAACUCAGACUGCUUUGGCGGCGGUCGCGGCGGACGUCCAGACCGUAAUGGUUUUGGCCUUCGCCGCAAUUGA